AUGGCGAUUUUCGGGCCACAAACAUCCAUUCAAGCAGAUUUUGUGAUAGACAUUGGUGACAAAGUGAAAGUCCCAAUAAUCUCACCAGCAACGAGUCCAUCUCUUUCGCCUCGAGAAUCUCCCUAUUUCAUCAGAUCAUCAUGGUGUUCUGCUUCUCAAGGCAAAGCAAUUGCAGCAAUUGUCAAGAAUUUUGAUUGGAGGGAAGUUGUCUUAGUCUACGAAGACACAACUUAUGGGAUUGGAUUAUUGCCAUUUCUAAGUGAGGAUUUGUUACAAAGCAAUGCUCUUGUCUCAAACAUGACAUCAAUCUCCCCUUCUGCUGAGAAUGACCACAUUCUUGAAAGACUGUUCGAGCUGAAGAAGAUGCAAACAAGGGUGUUUGUCGUCCACAUGCUCCCACCUGUCGCGUCGCGUUUCUUCAAGAUGGCGUGGAGAGCCGGGAUGAUGGAGGAGGGGUAUGCUUGGAUCACUGCAGACGCCCUCACUAGUUUGCUGGACUCUUUGGAUCCGGAGACUAUUGAGGCCAUGCAAGGCGUGAAGGCCUAUUCCCCGCGGUCCAGUGAAGUUCAGAACUUCACUGGGCGAUGGAGGAAGAGGCUUCGCCAGGAGAAUCCGGAGCUUGAAAGAUUAGAACUGAACGCUUUUGGUUUGUGGGCUUAUGACAGCAUAGAGGCUCUAGCAGAAUCCGUGGAGCGCGUAGGCGUGGAUGCAUCUCCAAGAUUCAAGAACACGGCUCGUGGAACUGAUUUGGAAGCAAUAGGAACCUCAAAUAGUGGUCCAAAACUUGCUCCUUUGCUCAGAAACUUCACCUCACAAGGGUUGAGUGGGGAUUUCAUGAUCAAGAAUGGUGAAUUGCAGGCUUCUGUGUUUGAGAUCAUGAAUGUAGUAGGCACGGGAGCAAACACUGUGGGAUUUUGGAGGAAAAACCAAGGGAUUUCCAAGAGACUGAAGAAGGGAGGUGAUGGUGAUGAUCCGAAGCAGAGGCUUGGAGCUGUGGUGUGGCCGGGGCAGACGAGCGAGGCGCCACGAGGGUGGGAAGUGGCGGCUGCGAAUGCGAGGACGCUGAAGAUCGGAAUCCCCAUCAAGUGCAGAGCUAGCCACCUUGUGAAUGUUUCAAGAGAUGAAGAAACAGACAUAGUUAAUGCAACUGGCUUCUGUAUUGAUGUGUUUGAAGAGGCCAUGAGAUCACUGCCUUAUCCAAUCAAAUUUGAAUACAUCCCUUUCCAAAAUGCUGAUCAAAACAGUCCUUAUUAUAACUAUGAAAGCCUCCUUCAGCAACUAUCCCUCAAGAACUUUGAUGCAGUGGUAGCAGAUAUAACCAUGACAGCAAAGAGAUCAAAACAAGUAGACUUCACCAUUCCCUACAUAGAAUCUGGGAUUUCUACAGUUGUGCCAAUACAGGAAAGCAAGGAGAGUGCUUGGGAUUUCAUGGAGCCUCUCACGGCCGUUCUAUGGUUCACCAUUGGAGCCUUCUUCCUCUUCACUGGCUUCGUCGUGUGGGUCCUCGAGCAUCGCCUCAACCAAGAGUUCCGAGGCCCGCUUCACCAGCAAGUAGGAAUGAUCUUCUGGUUCGCCUUCUCAACACUAACAUUUUCACAGAAGGAGAAAGUGAAGAGCAACCUGUCGAGAUUCGUGGUGAUCAUAUGGCUAUUUGCUGUGCUCGUGCUAACAGCAAGCUACACUGCAAACUUGACAUCUCUGCGCACGGUGAAGCAGCUCGAUGCCACGGACUUUCGCGAUAUAACAAUGAAAGGUGAAUGUGUUGGGUUCAAAGAAAGCUCAAUUGUGAGGGGAGUUUUGGAUAGUACAAUACCAGACACCUCCAAGUUCAAAGUCCUGACCUCCUUUGAAGAGUACCACCAAGCACUUUCAUUAGGUAGCAGAAAAGGUGGAGUUGCUGCAGUUGUUGACAACUUGCCUUCCAUUAAGCUCUUCCUCUACAACUAUUGCCACAAAUACACCAUGAGUGGUUCAAUCCAUAAAAAUUCCGGUUUCGGAUUUGCGUUUCAAAAGGGCUCGCCACUAACCUUGGAUGUUUCAAGAGCAAUCUUGGAGAUGCAAGAGAAUGGUAAAAUGGACAGGAUUUCGAGAAAAUGGUUUGGCGAAGGAGGCUGCGGCUUGAGCAAUGCGACGGCCGCUGACUCGAAAAGACUAACUGUAAACAACUUCAAGGGGUUGUUCUUGAUCACUGGACUGUCUUCAUUCUCAGCUCUAGCCAUAUUCUUGUUCUUUUUUUUCUACAAGAAUCGACUCGUUUGGAGCUCGGAUGCCUCUCUCAAGCACAAACUAGUGCAACUUGCUCAGAUUUUUGAUAGGGAGAGAGAUGAUGAGUAA